AUGCAGCCACCACGGGACCAUCCGUUCUCAUUGUUCCGGACACUGUGGCUCGUCUGGGCCAUACUCUUCCAGGCCGCCGUCAACGUCGACUGUCCCAAGGGCUUCACCGCGCGGUUUAUGGGCAAUGUCUGGGCGAUGUUCGCUCUCAUUUUUCUCGCCAUUUACACAGCCAACUUGGCGGCCUUUAUGAUCACCAGGGAAGAGUUCCACGAUAUGUCUGGCCUCGACGACAAAAGGCUUCAGAACCCAACCUCAGUGAAGCCCCGCUUCAAGUUUGGCACGAUGCUUCACGGUCACACCGACGUCGUGCUUAAGAACGCCUUCCCUGCGAUGCACGCCUACAUGCGGCAGUUCAAUCAGACCAACGCCGUCGAGGGUGUGAAGGCUGUCAAAAAAGGGCAACUGGACGCGUUCAUCUACGACGCGACUGUGCUUGAGUACCUCACCGGCCAGGACGAUGAGUGCAAGCUGCUCACGGUAGGGUCAUGGUACGCGUUGACGGGGUACGGUGUGGCCUUCCCCAGGAACUCCAAGUACCUCAAGAUCUUCAAUAAUCAAAUACUCAAGUACAGGGAGAGCGGUGAACUUGAGCGUCUGUCACACUUCUGGUUCACGGGCGCUUGUAAGCCCGACCAGCAGAGGAACUCGUCUAGUGAACCGUUGGCGUUGGAACAGUUCAUGUCAACGUUUGUGAUGCUCGGUUUCGGUGUAGCGUUGGGCGGCAUCUUGCUGUGCAUGGAGCACAUGUACUUCAAGCACAUGAGGAAACAUCUCGUCAAGAAGCACAUGACAGGAGGAUGUUGCAACCUUAUUAGCAUGAGCAUGGGCAAGUCCAUUACGAUGCUGGAGGUGGUGCGGGAAGCGCAGGAGCAGUACAACGGACGUCACUGUGAUGACCCGCUCUGUGACACCGACCUCUGGCGGGUGAAACAUGAGCUAGACAUGGCCAGACUUAGGAUCGUCGACCUAGAGACCCAGAUGGUCUGCCACGGCAUUAAACACCGUCACCGACAGUGUGAGUUGCAGCGCCAAGACUCCAUAGAAGAGCCAGAAAUGGUGCACGUGUGUCACAACUAUACCGACGACGCCUACUUGAGAAAGAAGCAGGUCGUUUCUAUGCUUUCCAGAGGACAUAGCGACUUUUUCGAGGACGAUUGCGGCGAGCCCUUGUUAAGAACUCGAGACAUGACGCAGGACUUCGUCAGAUCUAAUGAGCCUAUUAGAGGACCUCUGCUAUCCAUGAGACAUCGAGUGCGGGAGGUUGCAGAGCUCGAGACAGUUUUGUGAAGUUGGCUGGAUAAUUUGAUCCGUUGCCCUGGCACGCGCCAGAUCUGAUGUGUUUGAUGUUCUUGCCAUCCAGAAGUUGUUCUGAUGUACUAUGGUCUUACCUAUUGUUUCAUCUCUUUAAUUGUAUAGGGGAGUAGAAGAGUUAAGUGUCGUCCUGUGUGUGUAGGAGGAUAAGUAUUACCAUGCCUUCUG